UUUUUUUGCAGAAAAGGACACGUGAAAUCUUCUUUCUUUGCGGAGGAUCGUGGUACGUGUGCGAGGAAGCGAUACAGCGAAGGGAAGAGGCUAAAUGUUACGUUAGGAUUAAUUAACGCUGUACGCGUUUUACAACUCAACUGCCGUGAUAAAACCCCGAAUGCUGGUAUUCAAUCGCAAACAGGAAAGAGGAACGUGCAUACGUGCGUGCGUACAACAUGCAAAAAGUCGUACCAAAGAUUUAAAACCUUUGGAAAUUUUAAUUGGAAGACGUUCAAGUGUAUCAAGAAAGUUUGAUGACUAUGAAUUAGACGAAUUGUUCGAUGAAAAUCCGAUCCAGACGCAAGAAGAAUUAGCAGAAAGAUUAGGAGUCACCAAACAAGUGGUAUCUAUUCGAUUGAA